UUGGCUGUUAUAGACCAACCACAUUUAUACCACAUUGUAAAUGUUCCAAAUUGUUUGAAAAAUGUUUCGUGAGGGUGAUGGUAGGUUAAUGGUGGGAAACAAAAGCGUUCUUGUUUCAUUUUUUGGUGUAUUACGAACACUUCUAGUCUUCGAAAUUUUCGGUAAAAUAUGUGUCCUUGGAUACCCCUUGGAUAAGUCGAUUGUGGCGAAGAAUUGCAAAACUUAAUGAAUGCUCAGCUGCUGAGUCAGGUAUGAAAGAAGUUGGAGUCGCGCCUGCCUUGCACCCUGGCCCUCCGUUCGUGGGUUCUCGUGGGUCGUGGGGCGCGGUGUAUUCGUUAAAGCUCCUUGAAGAUGAUUGUUAAACAAUCGCAAGUAAGGUAAUCGUUUUAUAUCCUAGUACACAAGCUUCGAUACUCUGGGAAACUUGAACAUAAAUUAGCAUAAUUUGCUCGCAAUAUUUGACGUCAUUUGCGUCAUUUUCGACACUUCCCGUCCAGCAAUCGUUUUUCUCCGAACGAGGAACGAGAACAAUACGAGUGUUGCCGAUUGAGAUGGGAUGCAAACAUGCCAAGUUUCAAAGAAUUCUACGGACGUUUGAGCAAGAUGUCUUUUCUUCCUCCAUGCACGAGAUAAGCGAAACUCAUUAUGCACGGAUGAUUUGAAGGCAACUUCCUUAGGGCUUGAACUUAAAAGUUACUUUUUCGCGACCCCCUAUGAUGUGUUUAUGUGAAUAUUCCCAAUAUAGUGUUGACUGGGUUUUAUGACACUUUGCAACAAGUUGUUUUAUUAUUAAUAUGUUCAUCUUUCAAAGUUCAUGAUAUAAACUUUUUCAUCAUGGCAGAGGAAGAUGAUGAUUUUCAAUUUAUAUAUAACAAUUUCCCCCCGGAUCCUCCUGAAAUAGAUGAAGGUGACAAGGUUACCUGCGAUUUAACAAGGUUCGAUGCACCUCCACAGUUUCCAUUCAGCGUGUGUUCACGUCAAGACCUUCAAGUUCUAAAGCUCUUCGUUGAUAAUUUUCCCUUCAUCCCAAAGGAGCUCGGGAACUUGGUUAACCUAGAACACCUUGUUCUUUGUCGAUGUGAAAAUGAAGUAGAUCCUGACGCACGGUGCAUUAAAAUCCCUUGCACUCUGAAGAAUUUAAAAAACCUGAGAGUUCUUGAUUUACGGAACAAUCCGCUGGGAACCUUUCCGCAACAGAUUACCGAGUUACUGAAUUUGGAAGAACUUCAUCUCAGCAACUGCACACUGCUUGGUGUUCCCGAUGAGUUAGCACUACUUCAAAGUCUAAAAACUUUAGACCUGAGUAGCAAUAUGUUUAGCACCCUACCAAUUGCAAUAACCCAGCUUCGCAAUCUUAAUAUAUUAUAUCUCAGUGAUGGUCAGCUGCAGAGUCUUUGUGGCGAAAUAAAAAAUUUGGUCAACUUAGAAAGACUUCAGUUGACCAAUAACAAUCUGAGCUCAUUACCUGAAGGUCUGUUCGAACUGGUCAACUUGAAGAAAUUGUACCUAAAUAGCAACAAGUUGACCUCACUUCAUGAGAAUGUCGCAAAUCUCGUGAAGUUGGAGUACCUUGUCUUAAACCAAAACAAGCUGACAAAGAUUCCAGAAAGCAUUGGAAAGCUAAAAGAGUUGCGUUAUCUCAACCUCCACGAGAACAUGUUGUACAAACUUCCCGAAGAGAUUACAAAUCUGAAACAAAUUGAGACACUUUUGAUUGACAAUAACCCACUGCAAAACCCACCUGUUCAAGUUUGCAAUCAGGGUAUUCAAAGCAUAUGUAAUUACUUUCAAGCGAAGAAGAACACAAAAAACAUUCAUGCAAAACGUCUGAAGGUUGUAGUCCUUGGUGAAUCAAUGGCAGGAAAGUCAAGCGUUGUGAAUGCAUUAAUCAAAUGUGACCCGACCGAGAUCAAAGAAGAUGACCGAACAUUCGGUGUUGUGUUCUUCCACUGGAAACCUGAGCCUCACGUGGAUGAACUUGAACUCAUGGUCGUCGAUUGUGCUGGGCAGAGAAAAUAUCAGAUGACCCACCAGCUCUUUUUGUCUGAAGGGGCUCUGUUCAUUUUAGCAGUGGAUCUGUUUCGCUUUAUCUUCGAAGAUGAAAAGUGUUACCAAGAGAAUAUUGGUCAGUGGAUAUCCAUGGUUGCAGCCCGCAUACCCAGGGCCAGGAUUUUGAUCGUUCCCACUCACAUCGACGAAUGUAAAAAUGAAGAGGAGAUUGAUCUGAAGUGUCGAAAUAUUUUGACCUACCUGAAAGAGCAACGUCAGGAAAUGGUCAGAGAGAUUGAGGAAAAAAGCAAACAUAUAAAGAAGACGGAAGGUCGUUGCAUUCCUUCAGAAGAACUUGCGAAGAUACUGGAACAACACAGGGAACAAAAAGACAAUUUGCCCAUCAUUUCACUAGAGUACAAGGAUGCCAACGACAACCGUGGUGCCUGGAACGAGUUGAAAAUGAACGUGAUUCCUGUAAGCAACACUAGCCUCGAAGGAACGCCUCUUUUAAGACAAGAAUUAGUAAGAAUUGCUCGCAACAAGACCCUCUCCCCAAAUGUCGACAUCGAUCUUCCUGAAUCGUGGGUAAACAUAGAGAAAGAGAUAAAGAAAUGCCGAAAAAACGAAGAUAUUCCCUGGUUGUCCAUUGCGAAGCUGAAAGAUGUUCUAAACGAACAGGGUAUGGAUGUCAAUGAGGGAGAGUUGCAAUCCUGUGUAAGCUAUCUUCAUGCGAUUGGAGAGCUGCAGUAUUUCAAGGAUAUUUCUGGUUUGGAGAAAAACGUGAUCAUCAAUCCGUACUGGCUGGGUUCAGUUCUGAGGCAGUUGUUUCGACAUGAUAUGGAAGAAUAUCUGAAUUACAACGAGUGUAGUCGAAAUCUGGGCGUCUUUCCACAGCAAUUCGCCUUGGAUAAGAUGGUGUUGUUAAACAGUGGGGUGAUGUCACAAGUUCUUCUAAAAUGCAUAUGGUCAAAAUUUCUUGAUGACUCGGAUACGAUAUUUCCUCAGUUAUUGACAAUGCUAGCUCAUUUUGGUUUAGCAUGUGAGAUACCAGCCGCGGUCAAUGACUUGGAUACACCUGACGGGUCUCCGCCCCCUCCGUGCUAUUUAGUUCCAUGGUUUUUUAAACAUAGCCGCCCCAGGUCCAUGAGCAAUGAUUGGCCUUCGCUGACCCCCCGUAACCAGAUUGAAGUGACGGUUGGUUUUGCGCUUCUACGAUAUCUCCCGUUUGGCUUGUUUGAGCGAUUCAGCGUGCUGUGCCAUAGACACGAACCACAAGACUACGAGCAUUGGCAGAAUGGAUUCUACAUGAAGUUUGACAGCGUUUUAAUACACAGCAAUAUCUUCUCCGUUAAGAAAUGCGAAACGCUGAAAGUGUGUGCAAGGGCACCGAAAGAUAAACUUGAUGAUUUGUGGCGGACAUUGUUAAUAUUAUUAGAGGAAGUUCAGAAACUGUUAAACGAGUGGCCUGGUAUGAAUUACAAGAGAAUCUCCCUCUGUCCAGGGUGUAUUAGACGCGAAGCAUCGCAACCUUAUCAUUUUUACUGCGACUGGUUCAAAGUCCAUAAAAGAAAGACAGAGAAGACUGUUUGCCGAAAUAAAAUUGAUGAUAUAUCACAUGAGGUUCGACUGGAUCAUUUGUUCCCAUCCGAAGAUGUACUAAAUUGUUACCGCAAUCCCAGGGUGGAAUAUUCUGAUGAGAUUCCAGAUUGCAUCGUAGAAGAAGAUCUGUUUGAUACGAUUGCGCUGAGUGUUGGCACAGAUUGGACGUAUUUGGCACGUACGUUGGGCACGAAGCUUGUUCGGGUGAACAGCAUAAAAGAGGAAAAAAGAGGAAAUAUACGUGAGCAGGCUGUUGAGAUGCUGAGAGAAUGGAAACAAAGACUUGGUAGCGAGGCGAAAGUGAAAGUUAUUAUCACUGCGCUGAGAAAAAUGAAAUUAAACGAGGUCGCCGAUUCUGUUGUGCAACAGACUCGAGCAAGUGAACAUUCCGAGAAAUCUCAGUGAUGCUCUGAACGAAGACACACCUGCAGGAAUUCUAUUUUCACCAUGAGGAAAAAUUCCAACAGUUCAGAAGAACCAACAUUGAGAUAACUUUACACAGUUAUCAAUUUUGGCACUCGUGAAGAAUUAUGAGUGGUGGGGGGGGGUCUCCCCCCAAGCUGGUCAGCAAUGAGGGGCAAGCCCUGUCGAGCUUCAACCUUCAAAUGAAACAACCUUCGGUAAUGAGAAAGGUUAUGCGAAUGAUUUCGAUAAUUUCUUCCCAUAUAGUUCUUAUGUUGGCUUUGAAAAAGAGCCCAGAAACACUAGAAUUAUAAUAAGUAGGAAAAUAACCCAGGCGUUGAAUACGCUAUUUUUUAAAUGAAUUUUUUUUAUUUUUCCGAGAUGAAAAGGAAAGUUAAACUGUAUAUUCACAAUAAUUUUUCAACUACUUUUUACUGCAAAUGUACACAACUCGUUUAAAAUAGUAAAUAAAAGCGCUUCAAUUCAUA